CAUAACCUCAGAAGACUAAAUUAACCUUGAAUGGAAGAGAUGUUUUCCAAAUUUGUGUUUUAUUGAAUUUUCUCAAAACAAUUGUUCAAUUUAUCAACGAAACACAAUGAAUUAUUAUUUCAGAGAUUCUUAUGAACAUAUUGACUCCAAUAUCGAAUAUUUGCCUGAAUCCAUUAUUUGUUCUGAAUUGUUCACAUCAAGCUACGAAUUUAGUGGUUGUUCUUGUAUAUCGGAAUGCUCAGCUAAUACGUGUUCCUGUCUGCAAAGAAGCGGUGCCAAAUAUGUAUUUCAAAACCCGGGAUAUCUGGAGUCUUAUACAAUCAAUAAAAAUUUCAGUGAAAAACCUUAUUAUGAAUGUAACGAUAAUUGUGAAUGUAUAGGAAAGCUAUGUGGGAACAAGUUAGUUCAAUGUGGGCCAAGACGUGGCUUAGAAAUUAAACAUUUUGAUGGUAAAGGCUUGGGUCUUGUUACAAAAUUAUCAAUUCCUUCUGGAUCAUUUAUAUGUGAAUAUGCUGGUGAAAUCAUAACUUCUGACAUGGCCAAAAAUCUGUAUCCCAUUUAUAAGUUGAAAUAUUUAAUGAAUUACAUAUUCUGCAUUAAUGAAUAUUUUGGUGAUAAGGUAUAUAGGACGAUUAUAGAUCCCACAGAAAGUGGAAAUAUUGGCAGAUAUAUCAAUCACAGCUGUGAACCUAAUUGUGAUUUGCUUAUUAUAAGAGUACAAAAUAAUUUUCCUAAACUAUGUAUUUUUGCUAAACACGAUAUAGGUGCCAAUGAAGAAAUAACUUUCAACUAUGGUGACACUAUUAUCGAAGAUGAUAAGAAAUUCAGUUUGAAUGUAAAAUGUUUGUGUGGAAAGAUGAGAUGUAAAAAAUUUCUUCCUUUUGAUGGGUAUUGUUUUGAUUGACAAGCUUCGAAAUGUGGUAGUAUAUGCCUCAUAUGUUAAAUUUGAAAUGGAUUAGACAUGAUUAGAAUGUCUUAAAAAUUUGUUAGAACUUAACGGAAAGAAAUUAUUAGGAAAGCUAUAUCGCAGGCAUAGCCUGAAGAUUACAGAAGAGAAAUAUGUCAAUAUAGAUAUAUAAUUUAUUAUGUUA